AUGGAAAAUUCCCUGAAAUUAUAUACUCCCACAAAACUCACCGACUCGUGGUGUUCAGUUUGCCACGACGCCGAGGUACCUCGUCGGGUAACUUUGUAUUGUGCAAAUCAGGGACCCAUUUGCCACGACUGUUACGAAAAAAUACGGAGACAACGUCUUCAAGCACCAGCCACAGAGACACUCAAAUCCCAGUCACAUCAUCGUUUUGGCAUGGAAAAUUGCCUGGAAUUACCUCCUCCCAGACAAAUCAUCGACGGCGACACGUGGUGCUCACUUUGCUGCGAAGCCGAGGUCCCUCAUCGAGCAACCCUGGAUUGUCCAAAAUACGGACCCCUUUGCAGCCGCUGCUACCAAAAUAUCCUGGAGUUGUCUAAAGAAUGCAACUGGAUUGGAAUUCAGUAACUGUUGCCGACUAUUCGAAA